AUGUCUCCGCCUGUUAGGAAUCUAAAGUGCCCCUCGCCGGUGAUGUGUCAGUGUAAGGUCAUCUGCAGCAACCGGACUCUCUCCCUGAUGUUCGGUUGCAAGUACCGGUACCAGGAUGAGGAGACGCCCCCCUUGGAGCACAGUCCAGCCCAUCUGGGUCAAGGGAAAAGCGCUGAAAUGCUUCACAUGAGUGACAAGAACCUCGCCGCCAUGGAGGCAAUGCAUGGCUACACGCCACACACACACAUCUCCCCUAUCAAGGGAAAUUCUCCUCCAGUGGUGGUGAACACUGACACGCUUGACGGCUCCCCCUACGUCAACGGGACAGAGGGGGAAAUUGAGUAUGAAGAGAUUACACUGGAAAGAGGUAACUCAGGCCUGGGCUUCAGUAUAGCUGGGGGGACAGAUAACCCCCAUGUUGGUGAUGACCCCAGCAUCUUCAUCACCAAGAUCAUCCCUGGAGGAGCUGCGGCCCAGGACGGACGGCUGAGUGUGAAUGACAGUAUCCUGUUUGUGAAUGAUGUGGAUGUGAGGGAGGUGACCCACAGUCUGGCAGUGGAGGCUCUGAAGGAGGCGGGGGCCAUCGUCCGCCUCUACGUGCUCCGCAGGAAACCAGCCGCAGAAAAAGUCACCGAGAUCAAACUCAUCAAAGGGCCCAAAGGUCUAGGUUUCAGCAUCGCUGGAGGGGUGGGUAACCAGCACAUACCAGGAGACAACAGCAUCUAUGUCACUAAGAUCAUCGAGGGCGGGGCUGCUCACAAGGACCAGCGGCUGCAGAUAGGGGAUAAGAUACUGGCGGUGAACAGUGUGUGUCUGGAGGACGUGAUGCAUGAGGAUGCAGUGGGAGCCCUGAAGAACACAGCCGAGGUGGUUUACCUCAGGGUGGCCAAGCCUAACAACCUCUACCUGAACUCCUACAACCCGCCAGACCUUACCAGCACUUACUCCGCUCACAUGGACACAGAUCUUGGCCACCCCACCUACCUUGGAUCAGAUUACCCACAAGCCCUCACUCCCACCUCGCCCAGUCGCUUCUCUCCAGUGUUGCACAGCAUGAUGGGGGAUGAAGACCUUCCCAGGGAGCCUAGGAGAGUGCUGAUCCACCGGGGUUCUACGGGCCUGGGUUUUAACAUCGUGGGAGGAGAGGAUGGAGAGGGGAUCUUUAUCUCCUUCAUCCUGGCAGGGGGGCCUGCCGACCUCAGUGGAGAGCUGCGCAAGGGCGACCAGAUCCUCAGCGUGAAUGGAGUGGACCUGCGUAUCGCCACCCAUGAGCAGGCUGCGGCAGCCCUGAAGAACGCUGGCCAGACUGUCACCAUCAUCGCCCAGUACAGACCAGAGGAGUACAGCCGUUUCGAAGCGAAGAUCCACGACCUGAGGGAACAGCUGAUGAACAGCAGCAUGGGUUCUGGUCAGACGACACUGAGGAGCAACCCCAAGAGAGGCUUCUACAUCAGGGCCCUGUUUGACUAUGAUAAGACAGCAGACUGUGGUUUCCUGAGCCAGGCGGUGGGCUUCAGGUUUGGUGACGUGCUCCAUGUCCUGGACUGUGGUGAUGAGGAGUGGUGGCAGGCCAGACGGGUCAGCCCGCAGACAGACGUUGAGGAGGUCGGCUUUAUUCCCAGCAAACGCAGGGUAGAAAGGAAAGAGUGGUCUCGCAUGGGCACCAAAGAGAGGGUAAGCACAUAAGUUAGUGAGCGGAGGGACGAUUCUCAACACAGCUAUGAAACAGUGACACAAGUAGAGGUGCAUUAUGCCAGGCCCAUCAUAAUAUUGGGUCCCAUAAAGGACAGGGUAAAUGAUGACCUGCUGUCAGAGUUCCCUGACAAGUUUGGAUCUUGUGUCCCUCACACCACGCGGCCCAAGCGGGAGUACGAGGUGGACGGGCGGGACUACCACUUUGUGUCGUCACGGGAACAGAUGGAGAAGGACAUCCAGAGCCACCGCUUCAUCGAGGCGGGCCAGUACAACAGCCACCUAUACGGCACCAGCGUCCAGAGCGUGCGAGAGGUGGCGGAGCAGGGGAAGCACUGUAUACUGGACGUGUCGGCCAAUGCUGUCCGCAGACUACAGGCCGCUCAGCUACACCCCAUCGCCAUCUUCGUCCGGCCCAAGUCACUGGAGAAUGUCCUAGAGAUCAACACUCGUCUGACAGAAGAGCAGGCCAGGAAGGGCAUGGACCGCGCUCUCAAACUGGAACAGGACUUCAUAGAGUGCUUCUCAGCUCUGGUGGAAGGUGACAGCUUCGAGGAGGUUUACCACAAGGUGAAGACGGUGAUCGAGGAGCAGUCGGGGCCUUACAUCUGGAUCCCCACCCGGGAGAGGCUGUGA